AUGACAAACGCUAGCUUAACAAAUGACAAUAUUAUACUUGAUUCUAUUGGUAUUGCUGUUUGUGUAGUGACUAUUUGUAAAACAUUUAUAUUUAUUUUUAUGAUUUUAAUUCGUCAUCAAAUGAAAAAAUCAAAUGAAAAAAUUCUUUUUAUUCUUAGUUUUAAUAUGUAUAUGAGUAUAUGUAUAUUUACUCUGUUUGUACUUGAUAUGUUUAUUUCAAUGCUUAAAGGUCAUAUUUAUUCGAAUCUAUUACAAAUAUAUAAUGAUACACAAUGGUGUCGUAUAAAAGCUUAUCUAACCAAUGUUGCAAUGCUUUAUACACUUUAUUCAAAUACUUUUCAUGCUUUACAUCGUUUUUUUCGAAUUAUUUAUUAUACGAAUCGUUUUCUUCAUCAAAAUGUUUAUUUAUAUAUUAUUGGUAUAUGUAUUCAAUUAGUUUUAAGUCUACUUCAACCAUUACCACUUCUUCUAGCACAUAUAUAUCAAUAUGAAGAUUAUCAUUGUCAAAUUCCUCUAACACAAUGGUUUGCAGUAAUAAUAGGUAGCAUAGUUAUCUGGAUGCCACCCCUUUCUAUUACAAUAGGCAUCUAUAUGUAUACACUGAAUUAUAUACGUAAUAACUCACCCAUAUUUACUCAUCGACAACAAACAAGAAUCAGACGUGACAUAACAGUUAUAAGACGUGUUGUAUGGUCAGUUCUAUUUAUAGUUUUAUGCGCUAUACCUGCAUUUAGUAUACCAAUAAUAUAUUCGUUGUUUAAUUUUUUUGGAUGGUGGGCUAAUCAUUUAGCAUGGUUAGGAUUUGUUUUAUCAUUUCUUGGUAUGAGUAUUGUACACACAUAUUUUUCUCCUCAUCUUCGUAUUUUAUGGGCACGACCAGCAAAUCGAAUUCAUACUACGACAGUUAUAACAGUUGCAAAUUUACAAAUAAUUUAG